AUGGUUACCAUGGAGCACAACAAAGAGUCGAACACAGUGGUCAGCCAGCCAGCUGAUGCGACCGCACCGACUCACGAUCUCAGUUCUACAACGCCAGCACCAGAAAAUGCCACUACCACAGAGACCACAAGAUCAGUCGCAACUCCCGCAACAGAAGAGCAAGUGCAAAUAAUCGCAUCGGAAGCUCUACCUCCCCCGCAAUAUGAAAGACACGAUAAAGAAGUGACGCCAGCACCAGAGACAGUUCUCAGCCCAGAAGCCUAUCCUCCGCAUGAGAAGACUGCAUGGCAGUCGGCAACACAAGCCCCAGCUCUUCAGCCCGGACAAGGCCUUGUCGUCCAGAGAGCUGUCGAACUGAACCAGCUCAACGAAGAGCCGCGUUUGAUCAUCUGCCCCUUCUGUUACCAGGAGGCGAUGACCCGAGUUCAGAAGGAGAGUACAAGUGCCACAGGAAUGGCAGCAGUGGGCUGCUGUCUCAUUGGCGGAAUCUGCCUCGCAUUCCUCCCCUUUUGCAUGGAAAUGUGUCACGACUGCCAUCACUUCUGUACCAAAUGUGGGCAGAAGGUUGCCAUCCGUCCACAUGACGGCCCAGUACAACUCUUUGCGCCCCAUCCUCCCGUGAUCGCCACGGCGCCCGAGGCUGUGAAGGCCCCCGAGCCGGUGGCAAUGACUCAGGACCCUAGCGGCAAGAACUAA